CUUAUAAAUAUAUCUAUAUAGAAUAUUCUAGAAUCUAGGUAUAUAUAGAGCCUUUAACUCGCUCCUUAACUAACUUUUCUAUUAAAACAAAAGCAACAAAUGAUUUUCCGAUAGAGGGGUAAGAAACCAGGAGCCUCCUAUGCGGAAAGGAUUUGGUUAACUCCAGGGUAUUGCUUGUGCUCAGGUGCCCAAAGGGGUUAUUUGCAUAUUCUAAAAGGUCCCCCCUCGCCAAAGAUGCUUUAUGGUGUAUGGCGUCCCAAAAUCUAGAACACAUGCCGCGCAGACACACGCACACCACCCGUUCCACCUUUACACUACUUUUGCCCACCCUCUGCAUACCCAUGCCUACCUCUUCUUCGGCGCUCCGAUCACCGUUCGUGAAUAGCUAACGCUCGCAAGCGGAACAUCCUCCCUCCUCGCCCUUUGCUUCGCUUCGAUCCCCGUCCGGUCAGUAACAACUGUUGCAUCAAUAAUUCUAUCGAACUCGUCAUCAUCUCCAUCGGAUCCAUUAUCUGAAUCCGCCUGUACAGCAACCGGCUCGGGGCGCGGAAUAUGCGCCGGAGAGGGUUUAGAAGUUGAGGCGGGGCUAGAGAAGGGUUUCGAGGCGAGAACCUGCCGGCGCAGUUCAGCCAUCUCGGCUUCGUCGUCGGAGUCGUCAGAGAUAUCGAAGGGAUCGCGGUCGUUUUGGGGGAGAGACAAAGAUGGGUCGGAGGGGAUUUUCGGGGGUUUGGAGCCGAGGUAUAUUCGGUCUAUGCUACCCUCUUCGUCGUCGUCUUCUGCAUCCUCAUCGUCGUCUUCGUCGGAACUCACGGCGGCUCUGUGGUUGGUGUUCCCGGUCUUCCAAAUAUCAUCCGCUGCCCCUUCCUCCCUACUAUCCGUAUAUUCCUUCUCCAAUCUCUCCAUCCACGCCUCCUGUGCCUUCUUCACACCCGCUUCAUCCUCACACGCAGCGUAACGCUUCAGGAUACUGCUAUUAAUUUGCAAGAACGCGCUGCCAUAGCUAAAUGGCGCCAACACCUCCUUUGCCCACUCAGGAUGUCCACAUAUAUAAAACGCUGCCGCCAGGGCCUCCACGCAAUUUAGCCGCCAUGGCUUUCCGUAGUUCACCGAGUUCGCCGCCACAAGAUAAGGUAGCAGACGCUCGCACUUCCCGCCGAUACGUGGCCAGGGCACUUCGCUCGUUCGCGCCCAUGAGCACUCUACCACCGCCGCGCCGUAGGCCUCCAUCGUCUCGCGAUCGGCGGGGGAGACGGUCGCCUUGCCGUUCGGGGUGAUGAUGACGCCGGAAUGCUUCUGGCCGAUCGCCAGUUCGCGCAUGAGGCCUUGCUUCAUAAGUUUGCGGCCGGAGCAACGCUUCGGAUCGCAGUGACCGAGAUCCCAGCAGGCGGCUCGAAAAGAGGGGCGGGCAUGAGGAGCAUCGGAGUCGUCGUCCCUGGGGCCUCGUUGGCGGGGGGCGUUGGCGUAUUUCUUGCCUUUAGGGCCGAAGCCAUCUUUCUUGUGGCGAACCAUCGCAGGAGAAAUAAACGUUGUUGUUUGUAGUAUUUGAUUUCUUAGAUCGUAGCGAGAUGGAAAUCGUAAAUGUGCCUUGCUUCGUCUUUUGUGAGUCGUAUGUGUAGUUUGGGGCAGGUUGAUAUGCUGCCAAAUUCUAUUAUCACGAUAAUAACAUCGUGCCGCUCUACACCGCCCGGUGACUUGCCCCCGACCCUCCGAUGUGGCUGCGCAGUGCCAAGCUAUAUCUAGGUCGACAUCACCACACCACAUCAUAGCUCUCAGCUUCCUUCUAUUUCGAAUUUCUUUGCAUGCCCUCUCCCCGAACCAGCUCACACCGGGCUUCAUAACCACCCAAACCCGCCCAUGGAAGCUGCUUCAGCGCGUAUGGCUACGCGCGACCGCUUCUCACAAGCGGGCGACUUGGGUCCCACCCCGCUCCAGCGCUUCAUCCAGCAAGCCUGCUCGCCCGAGUACUUUGAGCCGAACCUGUCGCUCAAUCUCGAGAUCGCGGACCUCAUAAACUCCAAGAAGGGGAAUGCGCCGCGCGAGGCCGCCGUUGCGAUCGUCAACUAUAUCAACCACCGGAACCCUAACGUGGCCUUGCUGGCACUAAGCCUCCUCGACAUCUGCGUGAAGAACUGCGGGUAUCCGUUCCAGCUGCAGGUCGGCACGAAGGAAUUUCUCAAUGAGCUUGUUAGGAGGUUCCCGGAGAGGCCGCCUGUGAGGGCUACGAGGGUCCAGUUGAGGAUUUUGGAGGCGAUUGAGGAGUGGAAGAGCACUAUUUGCCAGACAAGUCGGUAUAAAGAGGACUUGGGGUUCAUACGGGAUAUGCAUAGGCUGCUUAGUUAUAAGGGCUAUACGUUUCCGCAGGUUAGGAGGGAGGAUGCCGCGGUGUUGAAUCCGAGUGAUAACCUCAAGUCGGCAGAGGAGAUGGAGGAGGAAGAGAGAUCUGCGCAAUCGGCAAAGUUGCAGGAACUGAUCCGGAGAAGUGGGCCGGAGGAUUUGCAGGAGGCGAAUCGGUUGAUGAAGAUAAUGGCUGGAUAUGAUACCCGAUCGAAAACUGAUUAUAGAGCGAAGGCAGCCGAGGAGGUGGGCAAAAUUCAACAAAAGGCUAAGUUGCUAGAAGAGCGGCUUGAGGCUUUCCAGCCCGGAGAAACAAUGACCGAAGGUGAUGUGUACGAGGAGCUUGCCGCAUCACUGCAGAGUGCCCACCCCAAAAUACAGAAGAUGUGCGAGGAAGAGUCAGAUGACCAUGAAGCCGUGGCGAAACUAUUCGAGAUCAACGAUAGCAUAAAUCGCACGGUCGAGCGGUAUAAGCUAAUGAAGAAGGGAGAUAUUGAGGCGGCAUCGAAAAUCGCUAAAGGGACUCUGGGAACAACUACUGGAGUGGCAAAGAACGCUGCGAAUGAGCUCUCAUUAAUCGACUUUGAUGCCGAUGGAGAGGGUGUGGGUGGAGCUUCUUCAAGUGCACCACCGUCAAAGCCAGGUGGACUCGAAGACGACCUGCUUGGGUUAUCAAUGGGUGAAAGUACUAUUAGCGACGCCCCCUUUGGGCAGUCUGGUGCUAUUGGACUUGGCUUUGGUGCAAACAGAAACAUCCCUGGGCCAUCAUUGAUAUCCUCGACCACGGAAAACAACAGUGCGCGAGCUCCAACUCCUGCGGCGUCAACGGCGUCGCCAGCAUUAACACAGGCAAAUUAUGCCGGAUUCCAGCCUCCUGCACAGCAACCGCCCUCUGAUCCAUUUGCAGCUCUCACUCAGCCACUCAGACAGUCGACGCCACAACUUUCUUCCACCACUCCUUCCAUGUUUGACUUCGGUUCCAAUACAUCUACCCCAAAUCCAAACGCCACAAAUCCGCCAGUGUCCACAGAUGAUGAUGAAUGGGAGUUUGAAUCUGCACUACCAAAAAACAACGGGUUGCCAUCGAAUGUGAUCACUUUGACCGACUCUGUUAUAAAUAUCACAGCUGAAGCAAGUCGUAAAUCGAAUUCAGAUCCGGCUAUCACGAUAUCCCUAAGGUAUUCCAACAAGACCCCCAUGCCAAUCUCAGAUCUCGAACUCAGGGUAGCAGUGCCGAAGAAGUUGCAGGGAAUUUCACUCAAAUGGGAAACUCUGACAGGGACAACUCUGCAACCACUUCAGAAAGACGGAAUCUCACAAGUGGUACAUCUUAAUGGCGUAGCACUUGGACAGGGAAACAAUGUUAGACUGCGGUGGCAGCUAUUGUACAAGCUCGGCGGCGACUCUAGGCAAGAACAGGGCGAGAUACCAACUCUUGGUGUUGCAUAAAAAGCUGGUAUUAUAGUAGGGGUAGGGAAAGCGUUUUAGACUUGAAUCUAUGUAGCGGCAUUGCCAGCG